AUGGCGGAAGUGUCUGUCGCCGUCGUUCGGCUUAAAAACAGUGCGUUAUCUGAUAAGUGAGUCGGUCGACGCCUUUUACGAAUUUGAUCACAAAACAGCGGCAUUGCAGAGCGGUUCCGACGGCUCAGGACUACGAACUUUGCAUAAAGGAAGAGCCGUCGACGGUCAAAUCUUUCGGCUCCAAACACGUGAGUCUUCUUUCUCAUUCUCGCCCGUCGAGGAACUUUGUUCAGGACUACAAUAUCACAAAACGGGUUACGGUAGGUGGGCACACUGUCGGCGCGGACGUCUUUAAACUACCGACGCUCUCGUUCGAACCGUCGAAAGUGAGCACUUUGGAGGACCUGGUGCAUGACUAUUUUAAAAGAACAGGGUAAGCAGACACAUUCGAAGAACAGUAUCAAUCUGAUUCCCGUGUCUCAGGAACAGUAUCCGUCGGGCGGUACGCAUUCCCCUCCACGAUGAUCUCUCGCAGCCCUCCAGUUCAAACAAGCCCUCUCUCGGUCACGUUCCCGGUCUUUCCCUCCUCUGUGUGCCUGUUUUCGUGAAGGAAACUGUAGAAGUGGCCAAUUCUCGAUAUGAAAAUUUGCAAAAACUUGUCAAUUUGGCCUACAAUCAGCCGGAAAUGUUCGAUAUUCAUACGAAGAACAUGAUUCUGAUUCUGGAGAGAUGGCUAAUCGAAUCGCAGACGGCGGACCGAUAUUUUCUGUCCAACUUCUUCAUGAAAGAGCCGGCAAGGGCCCGAAUCAGAUGGUGCGUCCACAAUCCCGCCUACAUCGAUCUCCAGGAACAGUGCAUUCGGUGAGUUCGUUCCGGAAUCAGUCCCCCAACCAAUCUUUACUUUUUAGCCACAUGUCGCACAGUGUCCGCAGCAAUGCUUCCUCCGUUUCCGCCGAUUUGGACGACCGGGUCCACGUGGCCAACAUUGCGAAAAUAGCCAUGCUAAGGUACAACAAAUUCACGAUAAGUGUCAUAAAUCCAGCAUUUAACCCUAAUUUUGCAAGUGAAGAAUCCGUGAGUUUGUCUGUAUUUAGAAAGAAUUGAAAAAACAAUAUAUAUUUCCAGUCAUGCGUUUAUUUUUACCCUGGAAUGAAACAGUGUCGACCUCAAAGAGCCGCAUCGAGCACAUCGCAAGACAUGCGGAGUAGGCUGUACCCACUGCACAAAGCAGCCGAAGACGGAAAUGCGGAAGAGAUACGGUCAGUGGAGGGAAGAGAUCCGGUGGGCGGAAAGGGAACGUUUCAGCAGGUUCCUGAAGGUUGGGAUGGACAGCAAUCAGAAAGACGAUGAUAGCUGGACUGCCCUGCACUACGCGUGCUUCCACGGACAUUUGGAAGUCGUCAAUGAACUACUCAAUUCCCCGCAAAUGACGGCGGUGAGCGGUGCUUCCUCACGCCUUCCGCAUUCUAUCCCAUUUCAGAUAAACGCGCAGAACAAAGGAGGAGCGACUGCUUUACAGUACGCAGUGAUAAACGGAAAUGAAUAUCUGGUGGAACUGCUCACUUCGCACGCUUCCAUUGACGUGAACAUUCGGAAUAACGAAGGAUACCGGCCGAUUGACUACUGCGGAAACCAUCCGGCGAUACAGAAGAUUCUAGAAAUGCAGAUAUUCAAAACUAAAAUCAACGUGAGAUUUCCUUCUGUUCUCACGAAUUUGAUCGUUUCAUUUCAGGUGGACACCGUGAUCGGAGCGUUCAGUAUAAAGUCUCGGUCGCCGGAAGAAGCGACAGUCGGGGAAGUGCUCGAUCGGCUGGCCGAAGAAACCCAACUGAGCAAGGAGCAGAUAAACUGUUUCGCCAUCUUCAUCUACUCGGAAUCCAUGUGUACGUCUCCCCUCAUUUUGUCCAUCUUUUCCGAAUCUUCCAGCUCUCCAACUCAAACCAGACUCUCUGAUUGACGAAAAACUGAAAUUGGACAAGUGGAACGCAAUGAUUCGCAAGCUUGUGCACGGCGAUAUUCCGUCGGAAACGCCUCGGCUAAAACUGAAAAGAAAUGCGUACGCGACAGCCCGAAUGGAAAUAAUUACGGUAAGAAAUAGAAGUUUAUGUAUUGAAAAGAGACGUGUGAUGAGCAAGAAAUGGAAGGAAAGGAUGAGUAG